UGAGCUAUUCUUUAAAUGUUCUCCUUGAUCAUUGACAGGAAUCUGCCCAUCGCUAUAGCCGUCUCCAUGCCAAUCGUGACCAUCAUCUACCUGCUGACCAAUGUGGCGUACUACGCAGUUCUGGACAUGCCUUCUUUCAUGGGUAGUGAUGCAGUGGCUGUAACAUUUGGAAAUCAAGUGCUUGGGCCUAUAAAUUGGAUCGUCCCAAUUGCCGUGGCCAUGUCUUGCUAUGGAGGACUCAACGCUUCCAUCAUUGCCGCCUCCAGGUUGUUUUUUGUUGGGGCGAGAGAAGGCCACCUUCCCAUCAGCUUAAGUCUGAUCCACACUGAGCGGUACACUCCUGUACCAGCACUCCUUUUCAAUUGUGUGAUGGGUCUGGUCUUCCUGUGUGUGGAAGACGUGUUUCAACUCAUCAACUACUUCAGCUUCAGUUACUGGCUGUUUGUGGGUCUGUCUGUGGCCGGACUCAUUUACCUACGCAUCACACAGCCUGACAGACACAGACCCGUCAAGCUCAGCUUGUUUUUCCCAUUCGUCUACUGCCUGUGCAGCGUGUUCCUGGUGAUCGUUCCCCUGUACAGCGACACCAUCAACUCUCUCAUAGGAAUCGCCAUCGCACUGUCCGGAGUGCCUGUUUAUUACCUGUGCGUCUACCUGCCCAAAGAGAAAAGGCCGAAAUGGAUCGGGAAACUAAAUGGUAAGGGAUAAUCGUGUUACAUAUUCAACU